AUGACAGACGUUGAAGAAACGAUACGAAGAAUCCAAUCACAAAAAGGCGUUCAGGGUGUCGUUGUGAUGGAUAGUGUAGGUGAGAUAAAAGCUCCGUUUUUUGGACUUGAUUUUUAUUCGUUAACUUGAUGAAUCGAACUUUUAUUCCAAUUGUUUGAAGGUGUCUUUUUGGAAAAAGUUUGAGUUUUAUGCAAACAAUUUUUCAUGACUUAAAAACUUAGAGAAGGGAGUUUUUAAGCUAUUUCGUUUAGAUUUUCCGUGUUUUAUUUUUUCAAAAAUAUUAUAAUGCUGAGGUUUUUUUAACGGUUAUCUCUAUAAUAUUGAUAUUUUUGGGUUUGCAAUAGGAUAAGUUGCCAUUUUAUGGAAAUUCGAUGUUUGAUUCCAUUUUUUUAAUAAAGAAAGUAGAAAUAAUGUUAUAAGUUUUUUUCUUCGAAUAUGUUUUAUAUUUUUCAACAAAAAAGGUCAAAAAAAAGUAUUACAAAAAAAAAAUAUUGUUUUUUUCCAGGCCGAGCGAUCCGCUCAACACUGGACGAAGAAGCGACAGCCCAACACUCGGCCCUUCUUCAACAACUUUGCGAAAAGUCGAAAAGUCUGAUCCGAGAGCUCGACCCGACCAACGAUCUCACUUUUCUGCAACUCCGGACUAAGAAAAACGAGAUUAUGAUCGCCCCCGAUAAGGAAUAUCUCCUCGCCGUUAUCAAAAACCUCACUUAA